AAAACAAAAAAAAGGCAGUUGGUUUCGCGCCUCAAUUUGACAACCGACACAAUAGAGACGACGACGAACAGAGAGAUGUUUAUUGUGUGAAUGCGAAACAAAAACGACGGACAAUUUUUUUUUUAAAUAUUUCUUUUUAACAAAAUAAAAAAUCGACUAUCAAGCAUUUUUUUAUAACCCCUGAACAACAUUUUAUCGACUAAAAUUGUGAAUAUUGCCACCGACAUAACAACAAAUACACUCUCUGCACAAUGUUUUCGCUAAAGCAAUAAACGCACAACGUGAAUUUCUCCAUUCACCGUACAGGAUAGAAAAUCUGCCGAAAAACACGGUUUUCGUAUCUAUAAAUUUAUCUCACUCGUGAUUUGUGGAACAAUAAAAAACGAAAAUGUUUAUUCAGGAUUUGAAAAACGAUUUUUACAACAUUUUGCGUGGCAAGCGAAUUUUGGUGAUUGUUAACUAUGACAUCGACGCAAUAUGUGCGAGUAAAAUUCUGCAAACGUUGUUCCGCUACGAUCACAUGGUGUACUCGAUUGUGCCAAUUAUGGGUGUUGCUGGAUUGCAACGUGCCUAUGCCGAAAACAAAGACGACGUUAAAUAUGUGCUGUUAAUCAAUUGUGGUGUCUGUUUGGAUAUUGUUGAUUUGUUGCGACCCGAUGAAGAUGUUAUUUUUUUUAUAUGUGAUUCACACCGACCCAUGGACGUUUGUAAUAUUUACAGCGAUUCUCAGAUAAAAAUAUUCGGCGAGGUGAAUAGUGAGGAAGGUGUUCCUGCAUUUGAAGCCCUGUUUCGUGAUGACGACAGUGAAGACGAGGAAAACGAUGACGACGACAACAAUUCGGAUAAAGAAAAUGGCGAGACUUCAAAUCGUGCGGAUCGAGUCGAGCGACAAAUAAUGAAGCGACGAGAAUUGCGCCAGUGGGAAGAGAAGCGCCAUCAACUCAUGUUUGAAUACACACAAUACAGCUACUAUGGCCGAAGUUCGGCACUCAUCCUAUUUGAAUUGGCGUGGAAAUUGAGCAGAGACUCGAUGGAGUUGCUUUGGUGGGCGAUCGUCGGAUUGACUGAACAAUUGGUGAUGGAAAAGAUCGAGAGCAGCUCGUACGUGUUGGAAAGUGACAAAAUCCAAUCGCAUGUAUCACGCCUGACCAACAAAGCCAGCGAUCAAUCGGUGCAAUCAGCGAUCAAGAUUCAUUUCGAGAAGGACUUGCAUUUGGCAUUGUACCGGCAUUGGAGUGUGUACGAAUCAUUGCGCCACUCCAAAUAUUCUGCAUGCAAACUGAAGUUGUGGACUCUGCGCGGUGAAAAACGUGUUCACGAAUUGCUCGUUGAGAUGGGUUUGCCGCUGGCUCAAGCAAAACAACAGUACAGUUCAAUGGAUAUGUUGCUACGCAACGAAUUCUAUCAAAUGAUCGAAAAAUUAUCGGAGAAAUAUCAAAUCGGCGACAUCGUAUACGGUUCGUUUACACUACAGUAUGGCUAUCGCAGCAAAUUCUCAGCGGCCGAUUUUGUUUAUGCAACGAUUGCGAUUCUCGAAUCGAUUCGAAAAGAUCGAUCACCCGAACAUUGCUUCCUCGAAGCGCUCGACAGUUUAUCACGUCAAAACAAGCAAAUACUCGAUGCAGGCAUUGAACAAGCCAAACAAUUUCUGUGUGCCGUAUUCAAAGUUGUACAAACUGCGCUGCAAGCCAAUCAAGUCCGUUCAGCCGGCCCAUUUUUAUAUUUUGUCCUGGGUGAAGAAAAUCCAUACUUCUCCUGUCCACACGGUCUGUCGAUUUUGGCAAAAUUUUUGCUCGAAAGUUAUGUGUCCGUGUCACGAAGCAAAAAAGCAUCCGAACUACCCUUAAUUGUGUGCUGUCCAGUGGAUUUAGACAUGGGAAUCUAUCUUAUGAUUGGUAUUCCACCCGUUUUUGAGGAUUCACCGAAAAAUUUCUUUGGCAAAGCAUUCGAACAGGCGGCUACGAAUACUAAUGCAACGGUGUCAUUAGAUUUCUUUGAAACCUCAAUUGCCCAGAUCAAACAAUCCGAUUUGACAAAAUUCUUGGAUGGAUUAACCGUUUUAAUGAGCUAACUGCUCACUGCGAAUAUGAUUGAUUCGAAUGACCACACACUCACACACACGCAUCGUUAUUUAUUUAGUAUUGUAAGACAACCAAUUUGAAUGAUUUAGUGUAACAACAACAAAAACAAUAAAAACGAAGACUUUGAUUUAACUUUAGUAACAACAACAACAACAACAACAACAAAUUACGAAUAACGAGUAGCCUGUGGCUUGUAUAUUUCCAAUAUCGCUUCAAGAAAUUUACUGUUAAGCAUACGAAAUAAAUAGACUAAUUAAGAUUUUGAUAUAAA